AUGCCGGACCUUUCGCAGAACAUAUCCGUGCGGAUCCUCAAAGCCGCGGAGGCCGGCCACUACGGCGUGCCGGGCGUGGUGUGCUACAACAUGGAAGCGAUCCUGGCGUGCCGCAAGGCGGCCGAGGCGAAGCAAUCACCCUGCCAGAUCCUGCUGUUCCCGUGGGCGCAAGACUACGCAUGGGACCACCUGGUCAACCUGGCGUCGGAUGUGUGCCGCAGCGCGCGCGUGCCGAUGAGUCUGCACAUGGACCACGCGCAGAGCGAGGCGGCGAUCAAGCGCGCCGUGCAGACGGACAAGUUCGACUCGAUCAUGGUCGACAUGUCGCACUACGAGAAGCCGGAGAACCUGGCCCGCACCGCCGAGCUGGUGCGCUACUGCCACGCCCGGGGCAUCGCGACCGAGGCCGAGCCGGGCCGCAUCAACGGCGGCGAGGCCGGGCUGAAGCACACAGGCGAUCUGGAGAGCAUUUUGACCACGCCCGAGGAGGCGCUGCAGUUCAUCGACACGGGCAUCGACUUCCUCGCCCCGGCCAUCGGGAACAUCCACGGCGCCUACAACGGCGUCGAGAACAUCCAGUUGGAUUUCCCCCGUCUGAAAGCCAUCCGCGAGGCGUCGCGCGGCAAGGUCGCCUUGGUCAUGCACGGCACCAACGAGUUCACCGCCGACAUCUUCAGACAGUGCGUCGCAGAGGGCAUGACCAGGCUCAACGUCAACCAGGUUGUCUUGUGGAAGUAUGAGCAAUACGCUGCCGAGCACGCUGGCCGCGUCCCCCUGACUGAGUUCUUGGAGACCGGGACUGCUUUGAUCCAGGAGAGGAUCGAGUGGAUGAUGGACGCCGUCGGCAGUACGGGGAAAGCCGGGGAUGUGAAGAUCUAA